AUGUGCCUGGCCACAUCACCCCCUGUAAUUCUUAUUUCUCUCAGCMUGCAGAAUAGCAAAGCGGCGCGCGACGGCCGCUACGUCGCCGCCGUCUACGAGCACGAGGCCGUCCUGAGCCCCAAGCCCGCCGCCCUCGUGGACCGAGCGGCUGCGCUGGCGCUGAUGGCCGCAAACCUGGACGUCUAUGAGCAGCAAGUGGCSGCGGCUGCAGGACAGGGGGCCCAGAUCAUUGUUUUUCCUGAGGACGGGAUCCACGGCUUCAACUUCACCAGAAGAUCUAUUUAUCCCUAUUUAGACCUUUUUCUGCCUGCGCCCUCUGUGGAGUGGAACCCAUGCACAGCGCCACAUUUGUUCAAUGACACAGAGGUCCUUCAGCGGCUAAGCUGCAUGGCCUUGAAAAACAAGAUAUUCCUAGUCGCAAACUUGGGAACUAAGCAGCCCUGCGAGCACGUGGAUCCUCACUGCCCCUCGGACGGGAGGUACCAGUUCAACACCAACGUGGUGUUUGACGACGCCGGCACACUGGUGGCCACGUAUCGCAAGCACAACUUGUACUUUGAGGACGCGUUCGAUGCCCCUCCAGAGGCUGACUAUGUGCUCUUCGAUACCCMUUUUGCUGGCAAGUUUGGCGUCUUCACUUGCUUUGAUAUUCUUUUCUUCGAGCCUGCGGUGAACCUUGUCAGGCAGUACAAGGUGAAACAAGUUGUAUAUCCCACUGCCUGGAUGAACCAGCUGCCGCUGCUCUCUGCUGUAGAAUUCCAACAAGCUUUUGCCACCGCUUUCARCAUCAACAUUUUAGCAGCAAACAUCCAUCACCCAGCCCUGGGCAUGACGGGCAGUGGCAUCUACACCCCAGUCAAAUCCUUCAUCUACCACAACAUGCAAAGCUCUGGUGGCAAACUCAUAGUAGCAGAAAUUCCUGUCAUUACCCCAGAUUACAAAACCAGUUUGGAGAGCAGCAAAAUACUCGGAGGGAAUUUACAUCACUCAUACUCAAUGUUUACAAGCACCUCGAUGGAUGGUCAGGUUUGCUACAAGGAGGGACAAGAGGUCCCCUGCAGAGUAUCACAAAGUGAGGGGUCAUCGCCCUCAUUUUAUGCCGAAAUGAUGUAUGACAAUUUUACUUUUGUUCCUGUCCAGGAAGACAAGGGAGAGCUCCAGGUCUGUGCCAACACGCUCUGCUGUUACGUGCGUUACCAGCGAGCUGCUCCCACGCGGGAGCUGUACGCGCUGGGCGCCUUCGAUGGGCUCCACACCGUGCACGGCACCUACUACGUCCAGGCCUGCGCGCUCGUCAAGUGCGGCGGGCCCCGCUUCAGCUCUUGCGGCCAGGAGGUCACGGAGGCCACUGCCGUGAUGGAUUUCCAGCUCUGGGCAAACAUGAGCACUCCUUAUGUCUUUCCUUUACUGCUCACCUCUGGCGUUACCUUGGACUUUGCUGACCACAUGGGCUGGAAAAACGACCACUAUUUCAUAAGCAAAAACGGGACCUCCUCCGGCCUUCUGACAGCUGCUCUGUAUGGACGAUGGUACGAAAAGGACUAGCAGAGCUAUUGGACUGAUGCGGAAAACAGCCAUGCAGGUUUUCAAGGAAUAUACCUUAAUGUGUAACAGGUAACAGGUUUCUCAUUUGAAGUGAUAACCAAAGCACCUGGUCUGAAAGACUCGACCAUGUGCUGCAUCUUGGACACUUAUGUCCUGGGGGAGCAACAGAACCGCCCUGCAAACAUAAGAGCAGCUCACGUUCUGUAAUAGGAAAAUAUUGUUUCUUACUUUAGCUKAAUUUUCUUAUUGUAAUUUAUAAUCCUCUUGGCUUCCUGUAAUCCUAAUUAAGAUAAUCUUAAAUCUAAUCCGUGGCAACAUUUGCUGAUUCUAGUUCUGCUUUUAUUAUUGAAUUUAGCUGUGAAUUUCAAAGGGUGAAACCAUGCUCUAAUCACGCUGCAUAAACAUUGCAGCCAGUUGUUCCUUUCAUGUUUGCUGAUGACUGCUGAAGAAUUACAUUCCUCUUUUGUUACUCUAAUGAGAAAUACAGAAAUUGUUGUAAUAGGCUCUGCUAAAUCCUAUCAUGUCUCAAACUGAAUGAGGAAGAAAACAAUUAUAGUCUGAGUGGAAAACCAUUAUAAAAUGAAGAAAAAUGGAAG